UUCAUCCAAAAGAAGAAUGAAUAUUGCAAUUGAUGAUGAUGAAAUCUUCUCUUUACCUAGCCUCGAUGAACUUGAAUCUAUCACACAUCUUCUUUAUGAUGAUGAUUCCGAUUUUUUCGAAACUCUUUCACCAAUGAGUUUAGAUAGCACAACAUUAUUGCCUAAUACUCCUACUUCAAAUUCACUUGAAUCCCCCGUAAGACCGGAGCCUCCGGAGGAAACAAAGGAAACAUCUGUGGAGCGCGAACGCGAAGAAAGCGCGCCACAAGAUUGGAGGCGGUUCAUAGGAGUGAGGCGAAGGCAGUGGGGCACGUUUUCAGCCGAAAUAAGAGAUCCAAAUAGGAGAGGAGCGAGGCUGUGGCUAGGAACUUAUGAGUCCCCGCAGGAUGCAGCAUUGGCUUAUGACCAAGCCGCUUACAAGAUUCGGGGUACCAAAGCUCGGCUCAAUUUUCCUGACUUAAUUGGCUCGGACGUGCCUAUGCCACCUAGAGUAACGGCUAGGCGUCGUACCCGCUCACGCUCGCGCUCACCCGAGCCAUCAACAACUUCUUCGUCCUCAUCUUCGUCCUCGUCCUCGUCCUCGUCCUCGUCCUUGGAAAAUGGGACGAAAAAAAGGAAAAUAGAUUUGAUAAACUCAAUAGCCAAAGCCAAGCUACUCUGUGGUGUGAAUUUACAAAUGUUGAUACAAAUGUGA